CGAACGGUUUUAGUUCAAGACUUCUUGAAGGCAGUUAGGAGAGCAAUUAUCAGCAGGAGAAAGCAAGUUCAACCCCGUGACCUUGUGACCUUUGCCCCCCCCCCCCCACAGAGAAUCCGCUCCCAGACGGUGAAGAACAAGCAAUGCAAGGAUCUGACAACAGAGGCGGGAGGGCUGAAGGAGAACAUCAAGAAGAACCGUUAUAAAGAUAUCCUGCCUUAUGACCAGACGCGCGUCACGCUGCAGUCAGACCAAGGCAGCUCAGACUACAUCAACGCCAGCUUCAUCAAGGGAGCGAUGGAGAAUCACUGCUACAUCGCCACCCAAGGGCCCCUGAGUCACACUGUGGUGGAUUUGUGGAGGAUGAUCUGGCAGUAUCAAGUGAAGGUUUGCAUAAUGGCUUGCAGAGAGAUUGAGCUUGGAAAGAAAAAGUGCGAACGUUACUGGGCAGACCACAGCGAGACGUCAGUCUUCGGGGAUUUUGUGAUCAGCAACCUUGAUGAAUCCAGAUGCAAUGAAGAAGUCAUUAUUCGAAUGCUCUCUGUGCAGUGUCAUGGGGAAGUUCGGACCCUUACUCACUUCCAGUACACCGCCUGGCCAGACCACGGGAUUCCCAACGACUCCAAUGGGAUUCUGGACAUGAUGGAGGACGUCCACUCCAGACAGGGGAGUGACACGGCCCCCAUCCUUAUCCACUGCAGCGCUGGUUGUGGCAGAACAGGGGUGAUCUGUGCAGUGGAUUACGUCCGAGAUCUUCUUCUAACACAGAGAAUCACAGCAUCCUUCAGCAUCCUGGAUAUCGUGCUGGAACUGAGAAAGCAGAGACCAUCGGCAGUACAGACCAAGGUAAACGGGCGAACAAUCAGUCAAUCAAAGCAGUGCUCUACAGAGAGUCUUAUAAAAGUCAUCACACCAGGUGUGUUGGAGCAAGAGGAUCGGAAAUUUGUACUCGGACCCUAUUUGUUAACUGCUUCAGGGACUGCGGCCCACUUCUUAAGAAAACCGUUUACUGUUUAUCACUGCGCCGUACAAACAGGAACAGAUUUCAAAACCCCCCACUUCCUUUUGACAACUCUGCAGCUUUUGCACUUUUGCACAGCGCCAAUAACAAGAGCCAGCACCAGACAGCUUCUGUCUUCCACCAACCCAAUCCUCGCUUGUCCGCAGGAUCGCCCGUGCCUUUAUGACGAUGUGGAGCACCUGAGCCAAGCGCAAAAACCUCUUUCCCCCUCGAAGACAUCGGUCCUGCAGAAAAGCAAGCCUCCUCUAAAACCAAGACCCUCGCUCCCUUCUCUGCACAGAAAUAUGAACGAUACCUAUGCAGUGGUCAACAAGGGUAAACGGCAUCCUGCGCCAGACAAUCCCACGGCUGCCACCACUAGCCCAGCCUCCCCGAAGUCCAGCCACAAGUACGACAAUGCAGAGGGGGUCUCCAAAACCAGACAGCCCCCAGACUUGGACGCUCUAUACAGUACGGUCAAGCCCAAGGCUAGGUUUCCGUCGAGCCCUAGCAAGCAGGCUGCAUCCCCAGUCUUUCCUUCAGUGCCCGUCUACGAGGCAACCUCGUCCCCUCCCCUGAGAAGAGUCGACCCCAGCCUUCAAGAGAGAGGGAGCUACGACAUUGCAAACGGCAGGAACAGCAGCUGUCUUGACAGUCUUUCUCACAGCAACAGGAAGGAUGGUAGCUUUUCAUCUUUAGGGAAGAAAUCCAACAUCUUCCAAUCGACAGACGACAAUUACGAAUACGUUACAAGCUCUUCCCAAGGAUCUCCUAACGCCGGCAAGGCCAACGGAUUAGGAUUUAACCAUCGCAUUGGGAAACCUAAAGGACCACGGGACCCUCCUUUCGAGUGGAGCAGAGAAGAGAGAUAGCAAAGGGGGGGGUCCUUCCUCAGUGCAACAGCAAUGCAGAGAGACGGACAGACAGUGGCACUACAAAUCAACGAAUCGCUACUCAGAGGUCUGGUACCUACAAUGCCAGCAAUUUUCAAUGAGAUAAUCGUUAGUAAAGACUAUGUGUUUUUUUGUUUAGUUUUUUCACGCACGUUUUGUGCCUGAGAAGCUUUUUCUUUUAAAACUCAAUGCGAGGCAACCCACCUGAUAAUGUGUUUUUUUGUUUUUUUUUUAAUUGUAUAAAAACUACAAAAUAAAAGUGUGUUUGCUUUA